AUGGCAGCUGCCCACGAUGAAAUUCUCGCCCAGACGGGCUUCCUGCCCGUGGACUACCACAUUCGCAGGAAGGAUGAUGGUACCACACCAUCAACUGUGCUAGUAGUUUCCCUUAACCGGAAAACCUUUAGAAUCUGGCGCCUUCUUGGUACGAGCAAGCCAGCACGCCUGAUUCGACAAAAGAAGCACCAAAACCAAAUACACCGCUGGCAACUUGCCCGAGACUCUGCCCCCGCAGUGCGGUGCAAAACGUCCCAGACAAACGCCAACGCUAGACCCGCUCCAAUUACAACAGCACCGAACGUACUGUCUACGACAGAAGCAGCAGAUCGUUACACCAGUAGCCAUAAAAUUUGUCGCCACAACCGACAGAACAAAAAUGUUCCAUGCACGAGAAGGCAUGCAUCCCGACGACAUGGAAAGACGCAACUACCUAGCAUCGCCAAAGCGCAAAAGACCAGCGCCAUGAUAACAGUGUGA